AUGGACAGCGAUGAACAUUUACUGCACUUUAAAGGCUUUAAUUUUGUACGAUCCAUGGUUGAUACAGACUUCCUAGAGAAUCUAGAGGAUUUUGAAAUUAGAGAUGAUGAUGUCUUCAUAGUCACAUACCCCAAAUCUGGUACCAUCUGGACUCAGCAGAUACUAUGUUUGAUUUAUUUUGAGAAACAUCGCAAACAAAUUGAAAAUGUGGAAACAGCUGACUUAGCUCCCUUCCUGGAAUACAACAUACGCAAGGUGGACUUCACCAAGAGACCCUCCCCUCGCAUUUUCGGUUCUCAUCUGCCGUAUUAUUUAGUACCAAAUGGUCUCAAGAACAAAAGAGCUAAAAUUGUUUACAUAUACAGAAACCCCAAGGAUAUUGUUACCUCAUAUUUUCAUUUUUCAAAUUUUCUGUUUACAUUACACGGAUAUGAAAAUAUGGACGCUCUCUUGCAAAAUUUUCUAGAUGGAAAAGUUAUAGGAAGCAUUUGGUUUGAUCACAUCAAAGACUGGUAUGAACACAGACAUAAAUUUAAUAUUCUGUUUGUGUCAUAUGAGGAAAUGAAGAAGGAUCUCAAAACUUCUGUGCAAAAAAUCUGCAACUUUCUUGGGAAAGAACUCAGUGAAGAUGACUUGGAUGCUGUUGUGAGACAAGCUACAUUUGACAAUAUGAAAUCUGAUCCACGAGCAAAUUGUGAAAAUAUAAUCAAAAAUGAAGUUGGGACAAAAAGUGAGGGCCAUUUUCUACGCAAAGGUACCAUUGGUGAUUGGAAAAACCAUUUCACUGUGGCGCAAAGUGAAAGAUUUGACAUGAUAUUCCAAAGGAAGAUGAAAGACAUACCAUUGAAGUUCAUGUGGGACAUAAAUGAGUAG